AGUUUAUUGUCAAGUAUUUGACAAAUAAUUUUGAAUCGUUUAAGAAUUGUUUUAAAGUAAAAACAUGGAAAAACGAACAUUGUUACAAAAGUACGAAAUACCAAUUUCUCAUCUUGACUUUGAUUAUGUCAAAAAUUGCAAGAACACCAAAGAAUUGGAAAGAAUUGUAGCAAUUCUAAGAUCUGGUGAAGAAGGUUACUAUCCAGAUUUGACGAAAUGUGCUGAAGACAAGUUAAGAGAACUUAAACCACAAAGUCGUGCUUUAAGGACUGAAGAACGUUUAAUAACAAAACAUAGUUUGAGCUCAAAAGAUUGGCAAGAACUAAGUGCACCAAUAUCUGAAUGGUCAGCCGAUAUUAAGACCAAAGACUCGAUACUUUCAAAAAUUCAAGACAAAUCUUCUGAUAAUAUCAGUGAAGUUCUGUUACCUCCAAUCAGAAAAGGAGGCAAAGUUGAUACUAAAAAAGUAAAAGAUACAAACGAAGAAGGGAAGAAAAAGGAAAUCGUUCCAGUUGCAACAACUAACUACAGUCAAUGGGAAAAAUAUGAUGCUGAUGCUGAAUUGCUGAAAAUGGACCUAGAAGAAGAACGAAAUAAGGAACAAGUUGAACGUAUGAACAGAUUAAAUCAAAAGAAGUCGGCAGCAAUAGAGGUUAUAAGUGAGAGUAAGCCGAAUGUUUAUGAUAAAUUGUCAACAGUUGAGAAGGAAAAACUAUCCGAAGACUAUAAAAUACGUGGAAAUGAGUACUUUAAAGCUAAAGAGUACACAAGUGCAUUGGAAGAGUAUUCUCGUUGUCUUGAAAUUCAAUCUUCUGUUGCUGGUUUUAAUAAUCGAGCUAUCACAAAUCUAAAACUUCAAAAAUAUGAAGAAGCACUGUCAGAUUGCAAUGAAUGCUUACAACUUGAUAAAACCAAUUUAAAAGCAUUGCUUCGGAAGGCUGAAGCUUGUUUAGGUAUGGAACGGAAACAUGAUGCUUUUCGAACUUACGAACAAAUAAGGCAAAUUGAACCUACAAAUGCAAUCGCAUGCAAAGGUUUAGAACGUCUCAGUAAGGAACUGGGCGAUGUGGCACCACUUCAUGCUACAAGGCUUCAAAUUAUGGAAUGUGAAACCUCAAAUAAUGGAAAACCUAUUGUUAAACAUAAGUCGCCUGUGGCAGUUCAACAAAAACCCAAACCAAAACCCCCGAUAGACUAUGAUUUAGCUGAAUUGAUAAAACCAAAUAAGUUGGUUAAAAAUAGUUUGAUGAAAACAAUGGAGAACUUGGGAAAGUCGACAGCUAAAAUGGGAGAAAAGACACAAAAUGAUAAACCUAAGAAAACUCAGUUUCAAGGUACUAAACCGGAGUUUAAGCUACAAAUUAAAGACUCUAAUUCAAGAGAAGAAGGAGGAAAGUUUUUGAUUCAAGAAUUGUGAUUUCUUCCAUUUUUGUUUAGAUUUUUGUAUCACCAAAAAAUGUA